AUGUCUAGUGUCACCACCUCUCCUAGUAAAGCCUCUCCCAGUUCAAUGGCGAGUUUUGCCUCUCUUACCGAUACAUCAGUUUCAACAGUUUCAACUCCACUUAAUAUCCAAAAAACGGAAGAACAGAAGAAAUACCGCCAGUUUUGGUGGAAAACUGGAAACUUUCACCCAAAAGCAAAUUGGAAUGAAGGUUUUUGGGAAUGGAAAAAUAAUACCGUUCGUGUUAUCGAAUUUCCUUCUCCCUUUCACGAGGGACCUGUCCAUACAAUUGUGAUGAAAUUGGGUGCAGUGUUUGAUCCCGUGGAAAACACUCUUGCUGGCAUUAAAGCUUGUGGAGCGACAAGCAGAGAGCAAGAUGCGUCUUUUCGACCUUAUGGAAAACCCCCAGUGCCCAGUGGUGGAUAUGAUGGAGGGAAUAUGCCCUGGCCCAAUCUUAUAAUAGAAGUCGUAUAUGGCCAAUCUAUGUCAGUUCUUAAGGAUAAAAUAGAUAAUUACUGGCUCCUUCCGAAUAGAGUCCACGACGCCAUUGCCAUUAAACUAAAUUACGCACAAAAUAAUAAUGUUCCAACAGAGAUGACAGCAUGGCAUUAUUGUGUAAACAAUCGAACAGUUGUUGGUGCGCUCGCCCCCGUAAUGUAUGAAUUUGGUACGACUGAUCGUCAAGGCAAUCAAAUUAACAUUCUACCUGGGCAAUGCGUUAUCAAUAUUCCGUUGCAAUGUAUUUACCAUGGAAUGCUUAACCUUAACAUUCCUGCCCUUCCCCUACCUAACCUUAUUUCCAUUGAUCUCUUCUCUGUCCGAAAUAAACUUAGAAAGGAGAAUGCGAAGUUAAAGCAUGGCAAAGAAGAAGCUGAAACCGAGAAUGCAAAGUUGAAGCAAGCUUGGAAGAGCAUGAAACCCGAAUCACAAAUCUAG